UCAUAAGUGCUUAUGAUAAGUGAUUAAGCAAAGUAAAACCUACUUCCGCCUUUACAUAGGAAAUAUGCAAAAGUCAAAACUAUCCACCUUGCGUAGUUGCUUUUAACUUUGAAUCGCUUGGUCCGUGGAGGAUAUAGACGGUAAUUACACACCCCUCGUGUUCAUUCCGCUUCACAUCGGAGGAGAAGAAGAAAUCGACGACGGUAACGUAACAACAACCUUCAGCUGAACAACAACCAUGGCCUUACAGAUGGCACCUGCCUCCUCCAAGGUUCUCAUCCUCGUUGGAGCCGGUUUGGCUAGUUCUGUUGUCAUGAAUGGUGGCCAAUUGUCCGAUGUUAUUGACAAGCUUAAGGAUGUGCUUAAGUUAGUUGAUGAUCAGGUUAAGAUUUCAACCUCCGGAUAUGACACCGCCGUUAUUGCUGCUCAGGUUCGGCAACUAGCACAAGAAAUCGCGGAGUUGUCCUUAUCUAGGUCUAAGACCAUCUAUAAUGACAAUUCAUCUAGAGGGGGUCUUGCUCCUUACAUAUUACCUACUGCUGCAAUAGGAGCUGUGGGAUAUUGUUACAUGCGGUGGAGGAAUUGGUCAUUUUCUGAUGUAAUGUUUGCGACAAAGAAGAAUAUGACUAAUGCUGUUGCAACUGUGUCAAAGCAACUAGAGAAUGUACAUGAAACAUUAGCAUCAACGAAAAGGCAUAUAAUAAAGAGGUUGGAUGGUCUUGGCUUGGAGGUGGAAAAGCAAAAUGAGAUAAGCAAACAAAUUGCAGAAGAUGUGAAGGAAUUGAAGGCAUUUCUUUCUCAGAUUGGGUGUGAUGUUGAACUUAUAAAUCAAAUGAUGUCUGAGCUGGAAGAUAAGCUCAAGCUUGUUGAAGGCAAUCAGGACAUUACAAAUUCAGGUAUAUGGUAUCUAUGCAAAUUUAUUGAAGACAUAAACAAUGGGCCAAAUGGUGGAGUUUACAAGUUUUCUUAUGCAAAUUUUGAACAGGGACUUGCAGAACUUACAAAGGCACUUGAGGAGAAAGCCCCCAAGGGACUUGAAGAACUUACAAUGGCACCUGUGGAGAAAGCCCCUAAGGGGCUGCAAUUCAUUGCUGAAGCACCAGACACCAUUGAGAGCUCACCCAUAAUAACAAAGAAAUUUGGUCUCAACUUUUCAGACGAGAAACAAUCUGUUUCUAAAUCAAGAGUACACAGGGCAUAUCCUGUUGGCAUUUCUGUGAGCAGGGGCAUUACUGAUUUGGUUUGAUUAGCCUUCUUUAAAUUAAAGCUGAUCAUCCUGCAUGAUCAAUGGAUUCAGUGACAGUACUUUUUUUGUGGACAACCAAAAAAUCGCAGGCACAAAAGGGAGAACCAUCAUCUCCAUGUUAAUGAAUUUGUGUCUCUUGUAUAUGCAUUUUUGAGACUGAAUUAUACUUAAUUCUUUGUAAACUUUAUUGUCAAGUAUUUUUCACAUGGAUUUGUAUUUUUCCUUCGGAUCCUUGUCGGAUGUUCUCUGUAUGCUAAAUUUAAUUGAAGUAUGGUUCAAACAUUUGGUGCGUGAUACAAACAAACAUUUGGUUCAAAA